UGAAAGUAACUACCUACUCAUGAUGUAGUGGUGUAAGAACCAAGGAUAUCAUAAUAAGGUUAGGUCUUGCUGAUAUUUCCUGCUGGAUCAUAAUUGAGAUGGGAGUAGAGAAGCAAAAAAAAAAAAAAACUGUAAUCCUAGUGAAGUAGAGUGGAAAAGGUUGCUGGUUUUGAAUGGAGGGCUGAUUCAUAAAUUGAUAAAGAGCACCGUUGGGAACUGGGAAUGCAAAAGGGUGGGCCUUAGGAAAUCAUUUUGGUAAAAUUUUAAAGCAUGAUUAAUUACAGUAUCGCAGGGGGAGAGAGAGGUAUAAAAGUGAGAUUUUCUUGUUGGGGGGCUUAUAUAAAGGAGGAUGGAUGUUGGGUUUGCCUCCUUCUCAAGAUAGAGCAGGGAAAUAAAGGAAAAGAAGAGAGAGAGAGAGAGAGAGAGAGAGAGAGAGACUCCAAGUCUAUAAUUGUGGGGGGAUUUGAUCAUCAUGGAAGAACAUCUAAGCCCAUUAGCUGUGACUCAUCUUCUUCAGCACACCCUGAGAAGCUUAUGCGUUCAUGAGAACUCUCAAUGGGUUUAUGCUGUGUUUUGGAGGAUCUUGCCUAGGAAUUACCCACCACCCAAAUGGGAUGGUCAAGGAGCUUAUGACAGAUCAAGAGGGAAUAGAAGGAACUGGAUAUUGGUUUGGGAAGAUGGUUUCUGCAACUUUGCUGCAUCAACAGCUGAGAUCAACUCUGGGGACUGUCCAAGCUCAUCAGUUUAUGGUAACUGUGAGUUUCAACACUAUCAAGGACUGCAACCAGAGCUCUUUUUCAAGAUGUCCCAUGAAAUCUACAACUAUGGAGAAGGAUUGAUAGGAAAAGUAGCUGCAGAUCACAGUCAUAAGUGGAUAUACAAAGAACCAAAUGAUCAAGAAAUCAACUUCCUGUCAGCAUGGCACAACACAGCAGACUCGCAACCUAGGACAUGGGAAGCCCAGUUCCAGUCUGGUAUAAAGACCAUAGCCCUGAUUGCUGUUAGAGAAGGUGUUGUUCAACUAGGAGCUGUUCACAAGGUAAUUGAAGACCUGAGCUAUGUAGUUCUACUGAGAAAGAAAUUCAGCUACAUAGAAAGCAUUCCUGGUGUGCUCUUGCCACACCCAUCAUCUUCUGCAUACCCUUAUAAGGUGGAUGGUUAUGGCACGGUAUCAGACACAUGGCACUACCAAGGAAGUAACAUUGCACCCCAAAGUCCAACAGAGUUUUAUGACCACUUCAAUCAAGUACCAUUUAAGAUAACUCCAUCUAUGAGCAGCCUUGAAGCUCUACUCUCCAAGCUCCCAUCAGUGGUGCCACCACCACAACCAGCUGCAGCUCAUCAUCAAGCCGCAGGCUACUGUGACUCACAGUCCCACUAUGUAUCAUCUAUCCAAAGGGGAAUGGAGAAAGUGGCCAAGGAGGAGAUUGAUGAAGAGUAUACUAGGGCUGAUCAACAGGAUGUAGGUGAGAGUAGCAGUUCAUUGUCAGCUGCAGAUUAUCGCAAGCAGCAGUUUCAACAAUUCCAGGAUUUGAAUGUUAAUGUCAGGAAUACUAGUGGGUAUUUUGAGUGACAAGCAGUGGAGUACUAGGUUGUUAGGGAUAUCAUAUCAUCAUAUCAGGGAUUUGAUCAUUUCUAAGAUCUAACGUUGUCAGCUAGCUAGCUUUUUAGUUCCAGUCUCAUUGGUGUUUCUACUUUAUAGUGAGUUUUUCAUUAGCUAGGGUAUUGUUCAACGUGGAGGAGGCUAUUGUAGGCCUAGAUUUCCUAGCUAGAUUCCUGGUAUAUCUAGUGAGUUGUAUACCAUAUGACCGAACUAUAUGCUUAAUUAUCCACAUCUAGAGUUAUUGAAGGCGCUUGCUGUUUCGUUC